CUCUCGUGUUGCAUACAUGAUGAUGUCGCAAGGGUGAACUUGAAGCCAGGUGAAGCAGAUGCAGGAGCUCUCGCGCCAUUGGAAGGAAGGUCAUAUCAUGCAAAAGGCAGAAGGUCAAUUGAUGAGCAACUUGAAGCACCUGCCAGAAGUCUAAAACAGGAUGAAGGUCUGCGUGUUGCACCCAUCAUACGAGGGCUCUUCAUCACCAUGCAACGGCCUUGAUCCUGACGCAGCUCCAGAACUCUGGCUCGAACCAGAGCAUGAGGUGGAAGCAGUCAAAUUGCGAAAGAGCACAGCAGUGAAACAGCUCAUUGAGCUCAGCAAAAGGGGCUUCGAUUGCUUCUUGAACCUCUGCGACGGAGCAUGGGAUGAGGAUCGAGCAGGCGUAGAGGUGGUGGAGGCACUGGAAAAGCUCAACCUGCCGUACACUGGGGCGAUCCCCUCUUUCUACGAUCCUUCCAAAGAGCUCAUGAAAACGACCGCUCUGUACUACGGGGUCCCUACCCCUGGCUUCAGAACCUGCUGGCACCUGGAGGAGGCUGCUGAAGCUGGUCAAGAACUCCAGUAUCCUCUCAUUGUAAAACACCACAAUGGAUACAACAGCAUAGGUCUGACCAAAAAGUCAAGGUGCACGGACGAAUCCCAGCUUCGAACCCAGGCGGAAGAUAUGAUUGAAGCGUAUGGGGGCUGCAUGGUUGAAGAGUUCAUUGACGGUCGCGAGUUCACAAUCUUAGUGGCCGAGAAUCCUGACUGUGCGGCUAAACCGAUCGUCUUCACACCUGUCGAGUGCCGCUUUCCGGACGGCGAGACCUUUAAGCACUUCGACUUGAAAUGGGUCAACUACGAAGGCAUUCAGUGGGUUCCUGUCGAAGACGAAAUCGUCGCUUCCAAGCUGAGGGACAUGGCUCAGAAGGUGUUUGUGGGGCUGGGCGGGACAGGCUACGGCCGGAUCGAUGCCCGGGGGGACAGCGAGGGAAACGUCUACUUCCUAGAGAUCAAUCCCAACUGCGGCAUCUUUUACCCGCCAGAGGCCAUGGGAAGCGCUGACUUCAUCCUCACGUUGGAUCCCACGAUCGAUCACAAGCGCUUCGUGAACCACAUCCUGAGGUGCGCAAAGCUGAGGCACGAGCGGAAGCAGAAGCCGUUCAAAGUGGUGUACAGCAACCGCACUAAGGGGUUCGGCCUCUUCGCCGCCCGGAAUAUCCGAGCAGGCGAGAUCGUGGACCGGGGAGAGGAGAAGGCGACGUAUCUCGUCUCAAUGUCGCACGUCGAGAAGCAGUGGACGGAGCAUCAAAAACGGUGGUUUGCGCAGUACUGCUACCCGGUAUCCAGGAACGUUUCAGCAAUGUGGAGUAGUAAUCCGGAGGACUGGAAGCCAAUCAACCACUCGUGCGAUCCUAACACGUGGCUCCAGGGUUUGGAUACGGUGGCCAGGCGAGACAUCAGCAAGGGCGAUGAGCUGACCAUCGAUUACGCCACGUUCUGUGUCGACUGUGAGGCGUUCGACUGCUGUUGCGGGACGGCGGCCUGCCGCAAGCGAGUCACGGGGAAAGAGUAUCUGGAACCGUGGCUGGAAGACGUGUAUCAGGACCAUCUCUCGGACUACAUCCGUCAGAUUCGUUCAGAGCUGACGGUCAGGAAAGGGAGCGCAAAAGUCUUCGCGGAAGAGCUUCUUUCGGUGGACCACAUCCAAUGAUACAAGAACUUCAAACUUGUAAAUAUACCUAUAACAUUCAUGUCUGACUCCCAGAGUUAAAAGACAUGAUAGGAGCUAGACACGUGUAUAGAUCUCAUAGUCUUGCGGCAACCGACAUGCAAGCAUAAACAUGCUUGUGCACGCGCUGGACCCAUCAUCAUGCUUACAAGAGCCACAGCGUAAGAAGAG